UUGUUUAUCCGGUCACACGGAGAAGGUGAACCAAACCAAUCCAUAUAUCAAAAGAUAUAGCUGUCAUCCUCUGUCUUCUUCGUUCAAAUUACAGUACUAGCUGUGUCUAUUUUGUCUGUUCAAGCCCAUUUGAUUGUACUGUCUCUCUCAGUCUCACCCACAUUUCCUUUUCUAUCUCGUCUUUUUUUGAGUUCUAUUUUGUUCUUUUCCAUUAGUUCUAUGAACUCUGUCAAUCAAUAAGUUGGCCUAAUUAAUUAAUUAAUUAAUUUUCUUUUGUGUUACUAUCAAUUUAGUUAAUAAAAUGCUGGUCUUGCAACGUUUUGCUGCGUGAUGUGUACCCAUUUGUUUCUUUUCUUUCCUUUUCAUUAUUCUAAAAUCAAUGGUUUUGGGUUGAGAAGCUCAUGAUAUGACCUGGGUUGCUACUGCAAAUCUUUGGCCCUACUUGUUCAGAGUUGAUAUUUCCAUUGAUUUUGAAGUUACUUUUCUGCUUGUUACAAUCCCUUCCAGGUUUCACUAUCUCAACUCUCAGUUCUUUUCCUAUUAGGCGUUUUUAGUUCCGCUCUUCACAUAAAAAAUCUCAACUUUGCUCUCCUUUUAUAAUCUGGGUUUUACAUAUUCUGUUGAAUUUGAACUUGAUUUUGGAAAUGGUGAAUCGUGGGAAAUCAAAAUUGCUCAUAUGGGUUUUUUCAAUAUUGUGUUUUCUAUGUGUUUCUUUAGGAUAUAAUCCUGCAGACAACUAUUUGAUAGAUUGUGGAUCCUCCACAAAUAAAUCAGUUGGAGACCGUAUAUUUGUAUCUGAUAAAUUUUAUUCCAAUCUUCUUUCAAGUUCAGACAUCACUUUUGCCAAUGCCAGUUCAAGUCCUACUCAAUCUGCAUAUGACCCUUCUCUCUUCAAAACUGCAACGAUAUUCAAUGAAGCAACCGACUACACCUUUCCAGUCAAAAAAUUGGGAAGACAUUGCAUUCGCCUAUAUUUUUUCCCAUUUGUGUUUAGCAACUAUAACCUAAGCACUGCAAAAUUUUCUGUUUCUGCAGAAAAUUUCACUCUCAUAAAAGAAUAUCAACCAAAGAUUGCUCCUUUAGUUAAAGAAUACUCUUUCAAUGUAACUUCUGAUAAGCUAGUUCUUACUUUCACUCCUUUUGCCAAUUCAUUUGCUUUUGUAAAUGCUUUAGAAGUUUUUUCACUUCCAGAUGAGCUAAUUCCUUUGGGUGCCACUACCAUUAGUCCUCAGGGGAACUACCAAAGUCUGCAGAAUCAGGCAUUAGAAACCAUCGAGAGGGUUAAUAUGGGAAAUCAAACUGUUUUUCCUCAAAAUGAUUCACUGUGGAGAUAUUGGGUGUCUGAUGGUGAGUAUCUUACACACACUAAUAUAGGAAAGUUUGUAUCUAACGUCAAAGCUGUGAAUUUCACUAAAGGAGGGCCAACAGAGAAUAUUGCUCCCUCCUCUGUCUACGGCACUGCCACUGUAUUGAAUUCGGAGAAUGAUCCUAAUACAAAUGCUAAUGUAACAUGGCUUUUUGAUGUUGAUCCUGGUUUUGAUUAUCUGGUUAGGUUCCAUUUCUGUGAUAUUUUCAGUUUGUCAUUGUCAAGAUUCUACUUCAAUAUUUAUCUAGGUUCCUCUUCAGUUAUUCAAUAUUUUGAUCUUCUUAAUCGGACAUCAAAUAUUGGUACUCCUUAUUUUCUUGAUGUGAUCACAAGGGUAAGUGGGAGUCGUAUGCUAAAUGUUAGCAUUGGUCCUUCUAAAGAUAGUCCUUACCCAAAUGCCAUUCUUAAUGGGUUGGAGAUGAUGAAAAUAAGCAAUUCUAAGGAUAGUCUUGAUGUCUUAGACUCUAUUUCCUCGAAAAGUUCAAGGACAAAAGUCAUUCUAGUAGUAGGCUUGGCUGUUGGAUUGUCUAUCAUUUGUGUUUUGUCUUUAGUUCUCUUUCAGCUACAUAGAAGGAGAAAGCUUGUAAACUUAAGCCAUAUGAGGGCAGAUGAUCACUUUAGCAUGAAUGGAGGAGAUACCAUAUUUUCCACUUCAAAAUUUGGUUACCGCUUCCCACUUGUGGCUAUUCAAGAAGCUACUGAUAAUUUCAGUGAAAGUUUGGUUCUUGGAGUUGGUGGUUUUGGUAAGGUUUACAUGGGAGUUUUGAAAGAUGAGACAAGAGUAGCGGUGAAAAGAGGGACUUCUCAAUCACAAGGCAUAGCAGAGUUCCAAACUGAGAUUGAAAUGUUGUCUCAAUUCAGACACAGACAUUUGGUUUCUCUGAUUGGAUAUUGUGAUGAAAGAAAUGAGAUGAUCAUAAUAUAUGAGUACAUGGAGAAAGGGACUCUCAAGGAUCAUCUCUAUGGCUCAAAUCAUCCGAGCUUAAGUUGGAGGCAACGGCUUGAGAUAUGCAUUGGGGCAGCAAAAGGACUUCACUAUCUUCAUACUGGCUCAACAAAGGCGAUAAUACACCGUGAUGUAAAGUCUGCAAACAUAUUAUUAGAUGAAAAUUUUAUGGCCAAGGUUGCUGAUUUUGGCCUUUCAAAGACUGGUCCUGAAAUUGAUCAGUCACAUGUUAGUACAGCAGUGAAAGGAAGCUUUGGAUACCUCGAUCCGGAGUACUUAAUCAGACAACAACUAACAGAGAAAUCUGAUGUUUAUUCCUUUGGAGUAGUUAUGUUUGAAGUUCUUUGUGGAAGAACUGUUAUCGAUCCAUCGCUGCCAAGAGAAAAGGUAAAUUUAGUUGAAUGGGCAUUGAAAUGUCAAAGGAGAGGGCUACUGAAAGAAAUUGUGGACCCUCGUCUUGAAGGUCAAAUAAAACCAGAAUCUUUGAAGAAGUUUGGAGAGAUAGCAGAGAAAUGUUUGGCAGAAUGCGGCAUUGAUAGACCUUCGAUGGGAGAUGUGUUGUGGAAUUUGGAGUAUGCACUUCAAAUUCAAGGGACUGAAGAGAAAUCUAGCCAGUAUAGUGAGCAGACUGGACAAUUUAAUCGCGCCAAUAGCUUUGAGGCUAGUGUAUCUGCUGCACAAGUCAGCAUAGGAAGUAUAGGGGAUAUUGCUGGUGUUUCAAUGAGCAAAGUUUUUGCACAAAUGGUGAGAGAGGAAAUGAGAUAGACUUGCAGUGAAGCCAAGCCGUAUACUCUACAACAAAGUACAAGCUAUCACUCUAUCUAAUCAUAAAUACUGCAAAAACUGAGAUUAGAAAUGUAUAAUGUACAGGAGUGAAUUCAAAUUUGUUGCUAGUUUGGCUGCAAUUUUUUGGAAUUAGUUAGGUUUAUUUGUAUCCAUUAGCCUAUUUGUGUUUCUAGUUGUUCUUGAUUUCAGAUUUGUGCUCUUAUAUGUGACCUAUUCUUUAUUUGGGAAAGAAUUUCCUCUCUUGAUGUGUGAUCAUCCUGAUUGCAUAAA